GGGCCGCCACAUAUACCUUGAUAGUAGACGGGGAUAGACCUGUGGAGAAACGUUCCCGCAGGAACUCCAGUACUGAACCAACUGUGCAGUUAACUGGGUCCAGCUGUCGUUCCCCACACCAAGUGGCAAAAAGCCUCCAUCUACCGGCAUACGCCUUCCUCGUAGCGGGGGCUCUGGAGUGGCGACAAAAGCUCCGCGAACCAUACUCGGGCUGGCCAGAGCGGGGCUACUAGCAGUAGGCCGCCGUCCUGACGGACCCUCUCCAGAACCCCUGGGAGAAGAACAACCAGGGAGAACCACAGAGGACAAUGAGAAGUCUCUCUGGAGGCAAAUAGGUCCACCUCGGCAUGGAGUCUCCAGCCCCUGGGCCUCGGCCCCUGUCUCGACAGCAGGGAGGGUAGAAACUACUCGAGCGGGAGACGGAUGUGCCCGCGUCGUCGUAGAAUCCCAAAUAACUCCCAGGAAGGUGGUCCUCUGCACUGGGGACAGCACGCUUUUCCUGGCGUUGAGUCUCAGCCCCAGACGGUUGAUGUGGGCAAGCGCAACAUCUCGAUGUUGGGCCGCCAGCCGCUCGGAUGGCGCUAGAAUCAACCAGUCAUUUAUGUAGUUCAAAAUGCGGAUGCCCUGGAGAUGCACUGGCGCCAGAGCAGCAUCCACGCAUGCUCAGGAACUUCCUGUGCUCUGGAACGAUGAGGUAGUGGCUGUAAUAGCCCAACUCUAUCUGGAGGAAGAACUCGUUCUAUGGUUCCCUUCCACAGCAGGGUCUGUACUUCUCGCUCCGAUAUUCGAGCCUGCUGGGGGUCUACCACUGUGGGUACCACCCCGAAAAAUUGAACUGAACUGGGUGGGCCCAUUGAGAUACAUUGGGGAGGGCUCGCCACUCUCCCAAAAAGUCUCUCAAGGGCACCGGCCCCGAGGGGCGGGGACAGCGGACUGACUCCCGGAGAGUACUGGGGGGAAGGGAGCACCGAAUAGUGCGGUAACACCGUGAACCCUCCGGUGGGGAUCACUCUUCGGGCCCUGACCCCCAUGCUCACAUAGCCGUGUCGCCUAGCCUCAGCUAAAGAAGAGUACAAAGCCGUAUGCGGGUUGUACACGCGAGCGGACACCGGUUUCCCUCAGGACGCCGACGCCUCAGUGUGGACGUCCAGGAAGAACGGCAGGCACCGGCGCGGAGGAACUUUGCGGGAAGGCAGAAACCACAGCUUACCGGUUGUGAAGAGGGCUCGACGAGAGAGACUGGAGCGCAACGACAGGCGCUCGCAGUCUCCACAGCUAGCCCCCUCGAGGGCUAGCUGAGCGUACUCCACGCCCAAGCAGACGGUGCACAAGGCGUGCGAGUCCCUGCCCGUAAUGAAACGGGUGCAAGGGGGGGCACACUGUCACACUGUGCAAACCGCUCAGCCAUUACUACUACGUCAAACUUUAUGUGCACUAGAUGAAGGCACAGAGAUGAAUGGUCCUGCCUUUCGGGUCCCUUCAUAGCGUCCUGGUCCUGGCGUCGCCCGCUUAUGACGUCUCAGCUCGCCAUUGGUUAGAUUUCACACGUGCUUCAUGACGCGGUCACGCAGAGGCGUUCCCACAGCAUUUUUACGCAGCUCGAGUUCCCUGAGAGGGAACCCCAUCUGUCUGAAUAGCAAACAACUGAAUUGAAAAGCGGGAAAGGAAGUGAACCAUCUCACUUCUCUCAUACUCUUCGGCCUUCACCGACGAGUCAAACCCGGAAGUGUGACGAGAAAUACCGCGAAUGUGUCACCGGAGAAACACAUUCUUCUCUGGGCGAUGAAUCCGAGUGGAAAAGAUAGAGACUUCAGAACCCACGCAACAAAGCCCUAUUCAUUUGAUAUUAAAUCCGUUGCACAUUUUAAUGUAACGUCAUAUACAAAUAGUUAUCUAAAUAAGAACGUACAUUAAUAAUGAAAUACGAUACUUUACCUGGACACCAAGUUUGAAAACAACAUCCCGGAAGUGCUGUCCGGGCAAUCGGUUAUGGAGCUCGUGCAGUGUCGCGGCGGCUUCACCUCACCCUCUACGCCCGCUGGACUUUGCACGUAGCCGGCCUGGGGAUCGGCGGCAUGCCGUCUGACGUGGAGUACAGCUCGGUGGGAGAAGGUCUGGGGAUGAGGGACUACUGGCUCUACGUGUGGCUCCGGAGGGCGGCGGUGACCGCGGCUCAUGUCGCCGGGCUGGGCCUGACCCUCAUCAUCUCCCUGCUGUCCAGACCGGGGACCAGUCUGUUUUCUUGGCAUCCAUUGUGCAUGUCUGUGGCAUACUGCCUGUGUUUGACAGAAGGCAUCCUCAUCUUCUCGACGGAAGGAUUCCCCUUUUGUUUAAAAUCUCGGAAGUGUAAAGUCCGUCUCCACUGGUUCUGUCAGGCCCUGGUCCUGAUUGCUGCAGCCACUGGCCUGGGCUUCAUGUUGGCCAGCAAGAGCGUGUCAGAGCUUCCCCACCUGGUCAGCUGGCACAGUUGGUUGGGCAUCAGCACUUUGGCUGCAACCGUUCUCCAAGCCGCUUGCGGUAUCUGCUUGAUCUUCCCUAAACUCCUGCGUCUGUCCUCCUCUCCCCUGAGGCUGAAGUUGAAGUUGUACCAUGCAACUUGUGGCCUGGUGGUCUACCUGUUAUCCACAGUGACGGUGGUGGCGGCCAUGUUCUCAGACUGGUUCCAGGCCACGGUGAAAGGGGUGGCCUGGUGGGGCUUCCUCUUUCUGGCCCUUUUCCCCGCUCUGGUGGUGAUGAACCAGAUCACGAAUGCCUACCUGCCCCGCAAGAAGAUCACGAGCUAGACACAUCCUCUUCGUUUUCUCUUUGGCCACAUUGGAUCUGCAUUUUACUCAGAGGCCCAGACAAUGGCAUGAAAGCAAGAGUACUCCGCUAAAGUAGCCUUUGAAAAUAUAAUACCUGAAGCCAAUAGCUCGAUAUGCUGGCAGUCCCAUGGACUGUAUUGGCAUGCAUAUCACAUCUUUCCAGUCUUCUGCAUACUCAGUGCUUUUUACUACAUCACCACUGAUGGCAGAGGGUCAUGCAAGGUGCCACCUGAUCCUCAUUGUAAUGAGCACGUGGCACCCAUAGCAGCCUCGCUUUGUCACACAUUGAUGAGAAAGGUAGACAUUUGGGGUUCAGUAUCUUCCACUCAUGUGAAUGUGCGUUCACUGUAGCAAACAAAGGUACAGUUUGUUGAAUCUUUGUUCUGUUACUAUAUUAUAUUUGAUACAUUAAGUGAUUAACAGAGUAAAUAACAGAAUUGAUUAAAUUAAAAGUAUUAAUGAACAGCGUGAAUUUCUAGUUUGUGCACAAUUUUUAUAGCCUGCAUUUUAUGCAGUCGAAGAACUGCAGCUUAAAACAUCUAAUCGUUGGCAUCUUUGAUGCAGAAAAAAUAAGCACAAAGACCUUUUCAAAUAAUCUAACGGCCCUAUGCAUAAUAUGUCAAAUACUAAAUUAUAUGCAGACAUGGAGCAGGACAGAAGGGUACGGUCAUUGACAUAAACUACCGCAGGGAGCAGUUGGAGGACAGCUGAAAGUCUUUCAGCUCUGGAGGAAUAUUUGCACUACUCAGGGUCUCAAAGAUGUGUGUAUAGCCGCAGAAUGAAGCUGCUGUAGAUGAUUCAAUACCAGCCUGUAAAUUAUAAUUAUUCAUUUAUGAUAUUUUGUGUUGUGUCUGUCUUUGCCGUUCAGAGCUGCUACUUGAAGCAGUUUUAUCAAUUAUCAUUUGUGUUAGAUAUUGGGUUUCCUUGAUGAGUCCUCAUUUGAUUAUAAAAUGGUAGAAUUGAUCCCAAUAACGCAUUAUAAACUGUAUGGAGAACUUCUGGGUCAUGAGCUCCUUCUUACUUGUGUCAGUGCUUUGUGUCUGUGAAAGCACUGACAAAUAAAGCGAAGACGUUGUUUGCCAGGCA